AUGGAUCUGGCCACGCAGGCCACGUAUGCUUCAGCCAUCUAUUUCGACAGCUACCUGCCAAGCUCAAAACGGCCUGAGAGGAUACAACGGCUCAUCAAAUCAUACCGAGAUCUGAUCAGAUAUCACUCGGCGUUUCCCGCAGGAGUACCGAAAGCAAAUCCGCGUCACGCAAUUGAUGCCAUUGUCGAGUUAUUCCCCAGCGCAUGGUCGACAGAGAAGCAGGCGAAGCCGCCGCCGCCAGCUUUUCUUGUCCCCGCGGUAAUUGACGCAUUGAGGGACUCGCCAGAAUCUGGCUUUCCUGUGAAGCUAGUCCCCGGUGAAGCGGACGGAUUCUGCGCACAGCAUGUCCGCCAGCAUGGGGGGACCGUCAUCACCUCUGACUCGGACCUGCUGGUACAUGAGCUCGGCGAAGCCGGGGGGGUUGUUUUCUUCGCAGACAUCGAUGCCGACAUCCAAAACCAGAAACUCAUCGCUCCCCAAUAUCGGCCCGUGGACCUCUGCAGACGGCUGUCACUAAAGCCGGAGAGGGGUCUGCAGCAGCUCGCGUUUGAGGUCAGCAGGGAUCCUCAUCUGACGGUACAGCAAGCCGUUGAGAGAGUCAAAAGGAAUGAGGCAGUCUCGGCCUUUGGGGUUGAAUACUCAGACUUUAUUGAACAGUAUCUCUCGCCGGAAGUAGCUUCAGAGCUCGAAAAAGAUCCCAUCACCAAACUGGAUCCGCGGAUAUCUGAGCUUGUUCUCCGAUCUCUUCGCAUCUCAGGGGUUGUAACUCCGGCCGCAGGGAUCAAUCCCGCAGCACAAGAUCGCAAUGAGCACAGCUUGGAGAUGUACUUGCCAUUCUUACUCGACUGCCCAUCUCGGACAAGCGCAUGGGAAGCAAGCAAGCCGGUCAGGGAGCUGGCGUACGCAGCCUUGCAGUCGAUUCGAGGCAGCAACAUACCCUUCGUCUCGGAGAUGAGAAGGCUCCAGUCCGUUUCUUCGGGCCUGAAGGUUGAUAUCCCACCCAUUUCUGAGAUUGACGAGCUCAGCGCUACAUUGCUAGCGCUCCUGUCCAGGAUCGAGGCCGACCUGAGCAGACCAGAGCUCAUCUGGAUCGUGCUCGCCAUCUACCAAGAUAUCACCAUGGCCAUCAAGCGUGGAAGGGGCUACGCGCUGAGCCUUGAAGUGCUUGGACAAGAUGCCAAGGGACGACUGGACCCGUGCUCGUGGGAUGGUCUCCACUUCCUCGCACAGAUUCAAGCAACUUACUAUUCACUUCGGAUGCUCCGUCAGAUACUCGACUUCUCAGCGUAUCACAUCGAACCGCCAUCAACCACCAUGUCAGAACUCGCCAAGUCAUUAUCGCGACUCCCACCAUGGCCGGAUUUUCCUUCACCCAGGAACUUCGCUGAGAGCAUCACCUUGGUCAGAGAAGCAGGCGGCUUGUCAUGUUUGAAGAAUUUAUGUGAGGAUUAUGAGGAUAUCAUUUCCAAUAUAGUGGCCAUCCAGAAGCCCGAGAGCAACAAAACAUCGAAGAAGAGGAAGGCCGUGGCACCGGCCGAAGAAAAGGUUAAACCUCGUUCGAGCAACCCGUUCGACCUCCUGGCCAGAGGCGACGAGUGA